CCCCCUCCUCCUCCUCCUCCUCCCUCCUCCUCCUCAGCAGCAGCAGCAGCUUUCACACAUCUGCUCGGCAGGUUCAGCACCUCGGACAGCUCACUCUCCGAUAGGCUGGAGGCCGUCGGCGGCCAAUGGCUUCGGCGACAACGGCGACGCUGAGCGGCGGCAGCAUCCCGGCAGCAGCCAAUCAGAGGGCGCCGUUUCUCUCCCACAUCCAACCCGAAUAACUGCAGAUGCCCGCAUCAAUGCAACGGGUCCUCGCUAUCUCUCUCUCUCUCUCUCUGGCAGGUUUGCAUUGCUGAGGCUUUAAGCUGCUGUCUAUUUUUGGACUUCAUAGUGGCCAUUUUCCUCUCUCUCUCCGUAUUCUCCGCCUUUGUUUUGAUUUAGCUUUUUUUUUUUUUUGGACGAUAUGAGCUGAUUUAUUUAUGAGUGAGGGAGCUUCAUCUCACAGCCGUGACCGUAGAGAUUCUCGCCCUCUCAAUGGAAAACAUCUUCCGACUCGCUGCGAGCGAAGGACUAAAGCACGUUUCGCAUCUGCUUCGCAUCUGGAUUCCCAUCGAGGAGAGAGAGGGACUUCUUUUUCAUAAAUGAAGCUUUGAAGCCCAACCGGGACGCGAACCUGCGACGGCCUGUGUGGUGUGGGGGGUUGUGUAUUAGCAGGGUCCGAGCCCCGUUUUUUUCACGCCCUGGACCCUGGUCAGCCUGUGUGUGUGUGUCGGUGUGGAAAGCGUUUUCACAUUUUGACCGCAUUUGCUCAGCAGUGAGGGGGGGGUCAAGGUGUGAUAUAUGGAGCCUACAAGAAGAGUCGAUUAAUUAGAAGAUUCGACUUCCUCCAAAAGUGAGACACUUUGGUCCCCUCUAGCUCUUUGUCAAGACCUACCAAAGAGCUUUUACCCACCUGCUCCCCACUCCACCCUUCCUCCAUCCCACUGCUAACUCUUACGUAGGCACCAUGGGUACGGUAUUGUCGUUGUCUCCCAGCUACCGUAAGGCAGUCCUGUUUGAGGAUGGCCCGGCAACGGUGGGCCACUACACAGCGGUCCAGAACAGCAAGAACGCCAAGGAUGCUGCAGCAGCCGCAAAGUCCCUCAAACGGCCCUCGAUCAUCAAUGUGUUGCCAUGGAAACGCAUCGUGGCUGUAUCGGCGAAGAGGAAGGGCUCCAAGAAGCUGCAGUCAGAAGCCGGGGAUGGUGGGAAAGGGAGCUCUCCAGAUGGCCAUGCCACUGCCAUGGCCAACUCAGCCUCCAACAGCCUGAAGCUGAAGAAGUCUCAGUCCUGCGCUAACCUUUCAUCUUACACAUCAAACCAGGACCCCUCGGCCACUACCACCACUACCUCCUCCCUCCUGCCCACCUCCAAGACCCUGGCUAAUGUAGUAACUGUUGCUGCCAAAAAGAAUUCCCUCACAGGCUCCGGGAUCCAGCCAUCUACUGCAGCAGGCACUCCAAAACGUGUCAUCGUCCAGGCCUCCACCAGCGAACUGAUGCGCAGCCUGGGUGAGUUCCUGUGCCGUCGGUGUUACCGACUGAAGCGUCUAUCCCCUACAGAUCCGGUGCUCUGGCUGCGUAACGUGGACCGUUCCCUCCUCCUACAGGGGUGGCAGGAUCAGGGCUUCAUCACGCCGGCCAAUGUGGUCUUCCUCUACAUGCUGUGCCGUGAUGUGGUCUCGUCCGAGGUGGCCUCCGAGCGCGAGUUGCAGGCCUCACUGCUCACCUGCCUCUACCUGUCCUACUCCUACAUGGGUAACGAGAUCUCCUACCCGCUGAAGCCCUUCCUGGUCGAGGCAGAGAAGGAAGCCUUCUGGGACCGCUGCUUGGAGAUCAUCAACCGCAUGAGCGGCAAGAUGCUCCAGAUCAACACCGACCCACACUUCUUCACCCAGGUGUUUGCUGACCUGAAGAACGAGAGCAAGAAAGAGGAGGAAAAGACCAAACUCCUCAUAGGCCUUGACCGAUAAGGGAGGGGGGAAGGAAGGAUGGAUGGAUAGAAAGAUUAAUGGAGUUAAUAGGUUGAGGACAGGUGCACUAAUGUAAUGCAGUGUAGCGAUACCUUGGAGCAGUACUGUUGUCUGGCGUCUCUACUAGUUUAUCAUUAAUCAAAUUUAAUUUAUUUUUGUUUGUAACCCAGAACAAAGAGCUUUGGGAUUAAUCAAAGCAUUUCAAUUGUUGGGUAAAGAGCCACCUAAACAUUAUCAGCCUUUCAUACAGACACGCUAACUCGACUGCAGUGUCUCGCCUGAAGGUAGCAGUUAGCUGCAGGGCACUUUUACUGCAAAAAAGCAGAUCAAAUUGAGGUUACAGUGGUGCUGGCCUCACCAUGAGCCACAUUAUCUGACAUGAUUGGAUCUGAUUAGAUUCUCGAGACUGACAGGUGACUUGUUGCUACCCAACACUUGGGUCAAUUGGCCCAUGAUGUGACAAUAAAAAGCCUCAAGGCAGAGAUAUGAUCGUUAGUUUUUCGAAAACGGUGUAACUGACAACACAGACAAGGGGUGCUAUGGUGAUGUGACAUUAACAGGCUGUGAGAAACAGAUAGCUAUCUUUGAUUCUGUUGCCUCCGGUCCAGAGACACGCAUCAGUCUGACCUGUACCUUGUUGCAACAUGAUGAAAUCUGACUGAUCUGUAUUUUUCUGUCUUUUGAAGAAAUGGAUUUAGAAACGCCAGACAACACAAACUGAGGGUGGAUAUUAUAAAUAUAAAGAUACAGGAUAUUGAUGCGAUGACACUGUGUGAUAGCAUCCAGGCAUUUUCACUAUAGAGAAAUGUCAAAACCACCUUGCAUGAGGUCACUUCAUACAUCCUUGCACAUGACCACCUGCUUAUUGCCAACUCCACUUUACCUUAUUCCCAUUGUCCUGCCCAAGCUUAUUGCACUCACCAACACUGGCUGCAAAAUCCACUGUUGAAACUUUAAGAGCAUUACAUGAUACCAUAACAUGGAUGAGCCAGAAUAUACCUAUACCUGUAUUGGCGAAAUUGUACUGUAGUGGAUGAAUUAAUUCGCAUCUCACAUAAAGUAGUGUACAUUUAAGGGAACAUUUGGGUUUAUCCAGUCUAAUCUGCUGUGAAUUAGGAGAUCAGUUAUUUAUUUUUAAGAGUAUGAAAUGCUAAUCCCUUGGGUGCAGAUUAAUAAUCUUUAAAGAAGCCCUCCUGUAAGCUGUUUACAUUUACAAAAACACGGGAAAAUGCAAUACUGAUGCCUUCAAGGCGUAUUUUACAAGGGGAAUUAUUUAAUACCUUCCUGUUCCCCUGCACUUUCUCCUGCAGGCCAUACUGGUGCUCACCUGAAUGACCACAGGAAAACAAUUUACAGAAAGAAAGAAAGAAAGAAAGAAAGAAAGAAAGAAAGAAAGAAAGAAAGAAAGAAAGAAAGAAAGAAAGAAAGAAAGAAAGAAAGAAAGAAAAAUAAUUCUGUUUGGAAACACUGCACUCACGUUGUGUGCUUCGUACUAUCUGAAUGAUCGGUGGAGCCGACUCGUGAAUGACAUUUUUAGAGACAAGAUCACGUGAUCAGUCUCAACCAAUGGAAAAUGUUAUUAUAUUCCAGGUGUGUGUGGGCGGGGGCAGACGCUCCAAGUGUAGAUGUGACUUUUCUUCCAAAACGAUGCUUUGAUGUUGCCGUAGCCACUCGGCUCAAAGGGACCCCCUCCCCCCUUCUGUCCUUUGUUCAUUACUCUUCGCAGCAACAAACUAAAACAACACACAUUCUCUCUCUCGCUCUCUCUCUGUCAUUCUGCUCCAGUCCGGUCUGAACUGGUCCUGUCCUGUCCAGUUGUGGUCCAGUCCAAUCCAGUUGUCCCAUAUUUAGAGACUAUCUGGUCUGUUGACCCCAAUGGCUUACUUAUUCACUGAGUUGUUUGACAUGCAUGUGUGCUUCUAUAGGUUUCCUAGCAUGCUGCUUUGUGUUGGGCACACCGCACCACAUGUUACAGAAGAGACUGAGCGGACGCCAUGCUGAACUGCUGAGCGCUAGACUCAGUGAUGUGACAUCGAGGCGACUCGGCACAAACACACUCUGAUAAAUGGAACGUGUGGAAGGCUAGUUGUACCCUUGCCUAUGCUACACAUACUGUACGUCGAUAAAGGCAAAUGCAAGGAUUGUUCUUGGUUCCAGUGGUGCUUAGGGCACAAAAGACCCCUUCAAGAUUAAAUAGUUCCUCCUUUUAGAAUCCAGUUGUUGCCUAGGAGGGCUGAACAUUUGGAUUUUUAAAGGGUAAUCCAGCAAUUCAGUUCAAUACAGUUAACAGACACAUUUAAAAGGUCCAAAUUGAAGCAGAAGAUGUCCUAACCCAGCAAAUGGAUAAUAUGAGAGACCUCUCUAGAAAUUUUAAAGGACUAGUGUGUAGAAUUUAACGGCAUCUAGAAGUGUAGUUGUUGAGGAUAAAUGAUGGUAGCCACGAAACGUUCAAAAGCUCCAAAAAGCCCUAUAUAGAGCCAGUGUUUGGUUCAACAUGGUGGAUGCCACAAUGGAAGAGAACCUAUAGCAUCUUUAGAUAUAAAAGGCUGAUUCUAAGGUAACGAAAACAUCAUAUUUUCAGGUAAAAAACAUAGUUCCAGAACCACUGAAGACCUCGUACAACAACUGAACUCCAUGUAAAAAUUCAACCGCAUGCCUCAAGAGAUUCCUUGCCUUGAUGAUGUCACAUCACUAAGUCUAACCGUAGCCAAUAAACUGUCAAUUUUAGAAAAGCUCUGCCUUCUCAAACGGCGCAGAGAUCUUGUGCCAUAUCGUUCUAAAGACUCAUUACUUCAUACAAAAGACAUGAAAACACAAAGAAACAUGAGCCAGCUCAAAAGUCUCUGACUGCUGAACAACAAAGACUAUCAAGGAAUCACGGACGAGCUUUUUCCACGAUGUUGCUACACACGUCAGAGAUGUGGACCAUAGAAGAGAGACUUUGUUCAGGUGGCAAGGACAUGGAGUCAAAAUGGAAAGCUUGUGAUUUUAAUAUAAAGUUUUAUGUGUCAUUUUGCAAAAUGUAAGCCAAAAUUGUAGUCACUGAGAGCUGGAGCAGUCAGCAUUCUGUUAGUGAAUUUCUAAAAAAAAAAAAAAGAUAUUUGGCCUGCUGUAUUACAUGAUGAAAACUAAAAUAACAGUUCCCUAUUUACUAAAAACACACAGGGAAUUGGAUUUUAAAAAUUUGUUAACAAAACAGAAUACCAAGCCUGUUUCCAGACUGGGUGUCUGCACAAUGCAGAUGAUGUUUUAACUCUGGUUGUGUUCUGUGUUCAGAUGAUAACUGAUUGGGCUGCAGUAGGUACCAUGCUGUAAAAAUAAUGUAGCCUUGAUGCAGAGUCGGACCUCAUGAGACAAAUAUGCACAUGAAGAAUGAAUCCAUGGCAAACAAGCCUGUUUACAUGUCCUUCCUCUUAGCUGUUUCUGAUGGGUUGAACAGUGUACAAAGUAGCAUUUCUCUGAAUGGCAUUCCCAAGAUGACUGUUGUAUGAUCAUUGUUCUUUUCUUAAUUUGUUGUAGAUCCAAACUGAAAGUAGUGUCUUUGGAAUGAUAUCACAGCAGGUUAAUGAAGAAAAAGGGAAGGAGACAAGAUGAUUUGUGAACUGAAAGAAAAAACUAAUUUGUCUAUUUCACCCAGAUUCAGUAGAGGAAUGACUACUUUUUAUGUUGAAAUCCAAAACUGCUACCUGAUUCUUCAUGUUCAAUCCUUAAGUUUAAUUGACCGUUCGUUAAGUCCUGCUAAUUUGAUUUGAAUUAAUGUUAGCUCACUAGACUUUUUUAUUGUUCCACCUGACUUAAAAGUGACUGUAAAGUGCUCUUAAAUAUGCACUUGACGGCCACAUACAUGAUAUCCUGCUAAAGUUAGCAACCCCACCAGUUGAUGGUUCUUGUAGAAGACAGAAAAACAAAUGGUAUUGUUCUUGCAUUGCAGCACAGAGCUGGUUGUCUUAAUAUUUUAACAUAUAAUAUUUUUAUGUAAAGUGUUAUCCCGACAUAAUAUUAUCUUAGUCAGUGGUUCGAUCCAAUAAGUAGCAGGACAUACUCUGUUUGCGUCCAGGACUGGCUUUCUCACAGUAGCAAAAUACUACACAGAGGAUGUUCUAUUUGUGAAUGUGGCUUUUUUAUGUCACCUGAAGGCCAAGAAACUAAUGUACUGUAUGUGCUCCUUGGCCCUGUAAAGUAAAGCUAGUUAGCAUCAGGUGUAUGGGUUCAAGGAUUGGUAUUUCUCUUACUACAUUAUUAAAAUAUUUUUAUUAUUUUGCUUUUGGCAUGUAGAGAAAUCCAAGGUUUGACAGGCCUGCUGUGCCUAGUGAUAGUUGCGAAACUUAGUGGAGGGAGGGAUUUAGCAAACGGUCAAUUAUAUGAAAUCAAAAUUUGACACCCUAUCCUAGGUAGAAAGCAGGGUAGGGUUUUGAACACACAUGCACAUACACUCAGAGUAUUAUAUGUCAUUUAUUCACUAUCAUGUGAAUGUCAGUUGACAACCUUUGACAGACAAGAGAAGAUGCAUUUAUCUGUGAAACGAAGAAGAUUUUUCCACAAUUUUUUGCUUUCACGUGCCCCGGUCCUUCCAGUUGCGCCAGGACCAUAAAAACAGAGACAAGGAAGCCAGGACAAGAAACCUGUCCGCCAAAUGAACCUUUUUCUAGAAUUGGAGAGAUAUAUAUGGGUUGACUACACCCCCUCCUACACGUGCUCUCAUCAUCGAUCAACAUAACUAUGUGCCAUAUUUUAUCUUGCAACACGUACAAGACAAAAACUAUCGUGUAACAUAUGAAGCUUAUGAAAAUGAUGAUGAAGUUAUUAUGGUUUUCCUUCCUUUUCAUUUGUGAAUCAUAUUGUGUAAACAAGAAUCUUUGUUGAACAAAAGUCAAGGCUACUAGUGUUACUAGAGUGCUGAUGCUGCAGUCUGUUACUAUGUGGAUGUAUGAAUAUGUAUGUGAGAAAUAAGAAUAAUUUGAUCAACUGUUACAGGUACUUUAUAUAAAAACCUUUA